CCAUUGAAUUCUCAUCCGAUUCUGCUAAUGAACCUUCAACAGCUCUCUGGACUGAGACGAUGAUCGAGAUGUGUCGUCCACACAACACAGAUGAUGAACCGUCUCUGUUGAACAGUGCAGGUGUUGAAAAAGGGUGCCUCCCUAUCGCAAGAAGCGAUGCUAUGCUUGUCUACAAAGCAUCCAGGUCUGUUGAGAUGAUGCUGUCUCUGGCAACCACCACCGCCUCUGCGAUGGAGAGGGACGAGCUUGAGUUCCGUCAUCUCACUAAACGGGAGAGAUUGGCCGUCAUUAUACUGGCCCUUGAAUUCAAGCUCCCCAAUGUUGUCUCCAAUGCUGCUCAAGCUGUCUUCAUGCUUAGCACGAUGCAGCGACAUUUGGGUGCAUUAGGGAUCAAGGACCAGGUUUGCUUCGCCAUCAUUGGCGAUGUUUCGCGCAUCCUAGUCUUGGGUUGUAGACAGGACGAGCAUAGUAUCAUACACGUUUUCCUAUGCGAUGCCCUGGACAUGCUGCAAGUGAAGCACUGGUGGACGACUUACUUCUUUCUUUUCAACCUGGAAGCAUGGGGUCGAGUGGAGCUCGAAGAAAUGCUGCUCACGAUGUUCAAUGAUACCGAAACCAAAAACGGCGACGGUUCUUUUCGCCUUCCUAAGGAAACAUGGCGAUUUGGACAUUGGACACACACGCGAAGGCCUUCUUCUCGAUCACAUUCAAAGAAGCGCAAAAGAGAUGGAAAUGACAAAGGAGGGUUCGAUGGACGGGAUGAAAACGAGGACAACCUCACAGUCAAUGGUGUCGUCGACAACAGCAGGGACAUCAGCCUUCGUACUCCCCGGUAUUUGACAACUGCCGAAGUCCUUCGAUUUGAACUUGGUUGCGUCGAUGCAGAUGAUGGCAGCUCUGCGGACGAGACAGUCGAUGUUCCGAUUGCAAGAAAGGACUGUGCAAAUCCGAUGGACAGAGUGUUGAAUUGGCGACAAGAUGUCACAUAG